AUGAAGAAGCCGGGCGGAACCGAGAAGAAGAGAGUUAAACAAUCAUCAGGAUCUUCAUCCUCCACCGCCAGAUUCUGGUUCCGAUCCUCCACCGAGGGUUUGCUUCUCUCUUCUAUCAUUCUCGCUAAUAUCUUUCAGACAAAACAUUGUUUGUUUGCUGAGAAAGUUAGGGACAACAAGGGGUUGGAAUCAAGAUGGGCUGUUAUGGAGGAAGCACGAGACGAAUACUUUAGAGGCAAAUAUUUUGUCAGCUUCUUAAAGAAUCACCCCGAGUGUAAAGAGAUUCUUGAAGAAGAUAAAGACCUUGAUGCGGAAGAUAUUGCUAAUGUGUUGUUGGAAAAGAACGUUCUUGUCCAUUGUGAUCGUCUUACUAAAACUGUUCAUCUCUGGAAGAAAAAGCUCUCUACUUGGCCUGCUCAUCUUGAGAUUUACCGUGAAAAUCAAGGCAUCCACUAUGGCAAACGCUUCUGUCCUUCUGGCUAA